AUGGAAUAUUUUGGAAUUUCUGAAGAAUGUGAAGUGGAACCUUUUGACCGGAAGAUAUCAUAUUAUGUUGCGUGUCUUGAAACCAUAACUAAUAAUGAAGAAGGAUACAGACGCGAAAGAGCACAAUAUUUGCUCAACCAAUAUAGAAAGGCAAGUAUAAAAGAUCCUAAACCCGAUUACAAAAGAGCAAGAAAUUGGGAAAGGGAACAUGCCUAUAGAUCGAUCUACCUCCACCAGCCGAUAUUCGUGGAUAGAAAUCUCCGUGGGACUGUGAAUAAUGGAACAAUAGGAACUGUAAAUGGGAUCGUUUCCAGAUCUUCAAAAAGAGAGGUUCAAGUUUCCGAUAAUCAGGACAAUGAUAAAGUCCCAAAGCGAACGAGAAUUGGUUAUUUCCCUGUUCAUUGGCGAGAUCAACAACCAAGAACUCCCGAACAUCAAAUAUACCUGUCAGGUAUUGGGUUCCCUUGUAUUCAAAAGAACGAUAUCGAAAAUUCGUAUGGUAUGCGAUUUUAUGAAAAUAAUGAUAUUAACAUUAAUGAAGCUAUCUACGUAGAUAAAAUUCAUUUGUCUCAGAAGCUUGGAAAAACUCUUUCAAAUAACACUAUUAACUACGAAAAUUCUAAUAGAGAUACUGUAUAUUUGCACAAGGGUGUAUUGAAUUUAGAUAGUUCCGAAUUACAAGAAGGAUGGUACAACAGCACCAUUGUUGCGCCAUUUUUCGAUGAUUGCUUAGCUUUAUUUAAUGAUUGUAUCCUCCAACGUGGUGAAGUCAAAAGCAAAGCACAAAAGUUACUUGGAAUUAAAUCAUCAAAAAAGCAAAAUAUGAUGGAAUCUUGUCAUUUAAUAGAAAAAUUGAGUUUAUUUAUAUGGAAACAGCAACCACAUCAUUAUUGCAAUAGGGACACCAAUCAUUUUGGUUUUUAA